AUGAUUUCAUACAGUUAAUAAACAGGAUUGGGAAAUAUGGGAAACACUUGCUUUAUGAAUAGUGCCAUUCAAAUUUUAUGCAAUACUCCAGGUUUCACAGAUUACAUUUUAAAUGAUAUUUAUUAAUUUGAUAUAAACUUAAUAAAUCCAUUAGGAAGUAAAGGCGAGAUUAUUUCAAGUUUUGCUGCUCUGAUCAAGGAAUUAAAAAGUAGAAAACAACCUUACAUCAUUCCAAAUUUAUUUAAAAAAACAUUCUCCAAAUUUUAUAAUAUUGUACAGAGUUAAUAAUUAUUAGCAGUAUUAUGGGAAUGACUAGCAUGAUGCAGCAGAAUUUUUAUUGUAAUUACUUGAUGCGAUUAACGAAGAUGUAAACUUAAUAAAAAAAAAACCCUAUUUGAUAAUACCUUCAAGUAAAGGCAGGGAGGAUUUAGUAGUAGCAAUAGAAUCCUGGGAUGUCCAUAGUCAAAGAAAUUAAUCUAUUAUUACACAAUUAUUCUAAGCAUAAUUUAAGAGCAAAAUCGAAUGUCCUAAUUGUAAAAACAUGUCAAUCACGUAAGUUUAAAUUCCUAAUUAGAUUUGAUCCAUAUAUGAUGAUAUCAUUACCAUUGGCCACAAAGAAAAAUGAAAAAGGCAUAGUCUAUUAUUUAUUAGAUGAGAAAUUCAGGUAGAAAUAAAUGACUCUCUCAGUCUAUAAAAAUUAUAAUUUUGAAUGGGUUUAAAAUGAAAUCAAGAAUCAACUUAGAACUUAAGAUUUAGUCUUCAAUUUAUCAAAUUAACAAAAGAAUAUUGAAAGUAUUUAGAAUAUUCAUUUAAAAUUAGUCCGACCAGAAGAUGACAUUCAAUAUUUGAAACAAUAACUUUAACAUUCAAAAUUACUUGUUAGACCUAUGCAUAUCCAAGAAAUAUAAGUUCCUUAUAAUUACAGAUGCCAUACUCUCAUAACUCAUGUAAACCAGGAAUUCUAAAUCUUAACCGAUAUAAUAACUAUUGUUUUCGAUUUUAGAACUAAAAUAUUUGAAAUCUAUGACUAUAUUGAGAAAAAUUACAAUCAUUAAUUUAAAUGCUAAUUCGACUUAUUUUUGGAAUCAAAUUCUCAAGAAACAGAAUAAUAAUGUUACUUUUGUCAUAAAUAAUAUUGUAAAUAUUGUGAAUUAAAGAAAUGUUAACACAGUUUAAAAUAUUAUAACAAUUGCAUUUCUUAACCAAGCUUUUAAUUGAAUUUUAUCAUUAAAUGGUAUGGAUAAGGAGUUCCAAUUACUUUUAAUAAAGAAAUCUCAAAUUAAAAAUUAUAAGAUAAUGAGUAAUUUUCAAUUAAUAAAUCUUCAUUAACUAUUUAUGACUGUUUAAACUUUUUAUAAUAACAAUAAUAAUUGGAUGAAAAUAAUUCAUGGUUUUGCAAUCAAUGUGAUUAACAUGUCAAGGGAAUUAAGUAGCUCUUAUUAUAUUCUACACCUCAAAUAUUGAUAUUUCAACUCAAAAGAUUUAAAUCAUCGGAUGAUGUUACUUAAAAAAUAAAAAACAAUAUGCUUGUCAAAUUUCCAUUCAUACUUAAUAUGGCUAAAUAUGUAACAAAUUUAAAGGUAAAAGUAUAUUUAUAUAUAUUAGUUACCAAAUGACUAUUUAAAUGGUCAUGAUACAAAUGAAUUGAAAUAUAAACUAUUUGGAGUCAUUAACCAUUAUGGAGAACUUUAGGAGGGUCAUUAUAAUUCCUUCAUUAAAAAUUUAGAGGAUUAGAAAUGGUAUUGCUAUGACGAUUCUCAAGUCACAGAAAUUUAAUUGCAAGAUAUUAUUACUGAGCAUGCUUAUGUAAUAUGCUAUGAAAGACAAAAUUGA